CUAUCAGGAGGUGCGUCAUGGUUUUACGUUGAUCGGUAUCGCUCUUUCUAAUUAUCCGUAAAAGUCAUACAUACAUAUAUGUGGGAGAAGGAGUAAAAUCUCCUAUAUAUAUAUACAUAAUUCUGCCAUACAGCAGAGAGGAUCCAAAUUCAUAUAUGUGCAUUGUGUGUUACCCAAAAAUAAAUGGAUACAAUUGGUAUCCAAGUACGUGAAAAGACUGAAAAUCAUCCGGAUUUUUGCAUUGUAAUCAUCUAGCAUAUAAAAAUCCAUUUAGUGGUGACACCACCACAAUACAUAUUAAAUAAUUAAUCAUUGAACCAUACCUAUAUAAAAUGAUUGUGUAGUAGGACACAAGUGGCGAAUAUUUUACUCUCUCUCUCAAUGGACUCACCUCGUCAUGAAUUGGGAGUGUUUUGUGUGAAGAAAAAAAGGCAUCAAGGUUUGCAGAUGGAAGAUUUGUUGAAAAUUGUGUGAGCACUGCGCCUGCAUUUAAUUGUGUUAUUUAAAAUAAUGUGCAAUUCUGAGUGAGAAAUAUUCACGAGUGGCACGAGUGCAUUGCAAGAAUAAAAAAAACCUCUCACAAUGCGAGGACUAAUUUGAGGAUUUACAACGCGACCGUCGGCACCACGUUCAUCUCACACAACUCGGAAGAAAAUUAUUCAACGAGGAAAAAUGAACUUAAAUUUAUCAUUCCUGAUUAUUUGGUGCAGAUUUUUUAUUCAUGUUUAUGCUCAAUACCGUUCACCGAGAAUCACUGAACAUCCAUCGGAUAUUCUUGUACCCAAAGGGGAGCCUGUCACACUCAAUUGCAAAGCCGAAGGCCGACCUGAGCCCACGAUAGAAUGGUUUAAGGAUGGCGAAUCCGUGAAGACAAGCCCCAAUGACAAUAAAUCACAUCGAGUAUUACUGCCAUCUGGUUCCCUAUUUUUCCUGAGGACGGUACAUGGGAAAAAGGAACAGGAUGCCGGAGUUUAUUGGUGUGUAGCAAAAAAUGUUGCUGGUAAAGCACAAAGUAGAAAUGCCACCCUGCAAAUUGCAGUUCUGAGGGAAGACUUUCGUGUGGAACCCAAAGAUACACGAGUUGCGGCGGGUGAGACAGCCCUAUUGGAAUGUGGCCCACCAAAGGGGAAUCCCGAACCCACACUAAUAUGGAAGAAGGAUGGGAUGAAUUUAGAUUUAGAUACGGGACACACCAGCCACAACUUGCCAUCAUUCCGGAUGCGAAUAGUGGAUGGUGGAAAUUUGUUGAUCAACGACGUGCGCCCACUUGAUGAAGGACGAUACCAGUGUAUUGUACAGAAUGUUGUAGGUACAAGGGAGAGUGCCUACGCCAAGCUCACUGUCCAAGUGAAACCGUACUUCAAUAAAGAACCCACGGAUAUCACUGUUCUAAGUGGACAGACCGUUCAAUUUCACUGUUCCGUGGGUGGAGACCCCCAGCCACAGAUUCUCUGGCGAAAAGAUGAUGGAAACAUGCCGGUGGGAAGGGCGGAUAUAUUGGAAAGUGACAAGAGCCUAAUAAUAAAGAAUGUAGCUUUAACGGAUGAGGGAAUGUACAUUUGUGAGGCACACAAUAGCGUGGGACAAAUAAGUGCAAGAGCUCAUUUGAUUGUCAAUUCACCUCCGAGCUUCUCUGUACGGCCACAAGAUAAAAAAGUCGGCCUCAAUGGUAUUGCAAUGUUUGAGUGCCUCACCAAAGGUAAUCCACCUCCAUCGGUAUUCUGGACAAAGGAAGGAUCGCAAAUGCUAAUGUUUCCUGAUAAUUCAUACGGUCACAUACAUAUCACAUCCCAAGGAACAAUGCAGAUACGUGGUGUACAGAAAGAAGAUGCCGGGUACUUUGUUUGUUCAGCACUUAGUGUAGCUGGUUCCGCAACAACACGUGCUUUCUUGCAGGUGACAUCCGUUGAUGACAUACCACCCCCAAUUAUUCAAAUCGGCCCAAGCAACCAAACACUGCCAGUCGGUGGCGCAACUCAGCUCCCAUGCCAGGCAAUUGGUACCCCGCCACCCACUAUAAAAUGGUACAAAGAUGGGGUGGUACUUGCUACAGGGCAACGGCAUUUUAUGAUACAGCAAAAUGGAUCUCUCCGUAUAACGAACCUACAACUAUCAGACUCUGGCCUGUACACAUGUACAGCCUCAUCGGAGAGUGGUGAAACAUCGUGGUCAGCAUCAUUGAGUGUGAAGAAAAGUACUUCGCCCAUAUUUCACCGAAUACCCGAUCCGAGCACUUUCCCAGCACCCCCCUCAGCACCCAGAAUCAUUAAUAUCACCGAGAAUUCUAUAACACUAACUUGGAGGAGGAAUCAAAGUGAGGAAGCUUCCAGUCUAAUUGGCUACACUGUGGAAUAUUUUAGUUCAGAUUUGCAGACAGGGUGGGUGGUUGCUGCUCAUCGCGUGCCAAAUCAAACAAUUACGAUAACUGAACUAAAGCCAGCGACUUCUUAUGUAUUUUUGGUUCGUGCUGAAAAUAUCUAUGGACUCUCUAUACCAUCGCUAUUGUCUCACAGUGUUAAGACAUUGGGUGCCAGCAGUGAAAUAAUACCACAAUCAAAAUUAAUUGCAGCCCGUGGUGUUCUCAGUGAAAAGAUUGUUGAACUUGUAAAUGCCGUGGCUGUAAAUUCAACAUCAAUACGUCUGGACUGGAGGCUACAUAUCACAUUCAAUGAGGAAUACAUACAGGGCUUGUACCUACGCUUUCGUGAUGUAAGCAGUGGCUCACAGAAUUACAACAUAAUCACAAUAAUGCACCCCAAAGUGGAGACGCACGUUGUGGGGAAUUUAAAGAAAUUUACCAAAUAUGAAUUUUUCAUUGCACCCUUUUACCAAAGUGUAGAAGGUCAACCGAGUAAUUCGAAAAUAGUGCAGACACUGGAAGACGUUCCAUCUGCACCACCUGACAAUGUGCAGACGGGUAUGCUGAAUCUCACAGCUGGAUGGGUACGAUGGUUGCCACCGCAGAAUCAGCAUCACAAUGGUGCUAUAUUGGGGUACAAAAUCCAAGUGAAGGCUGGGAAUUCAUCGAAAAUUCUCGCCCAAAUGACACUCAAUGCCACCACAAUGUCUGUUAUGCUUAACAAUCUCACAAUUGGCGCCACGUACAGUAUUCGCAUUGUGGCGUACACAAGAGUCGGCCCAGGGCCCUAUUCGCAACCAGUAACACUCCUUAUGGACCCCACGUACAUUAUUUCACCACCACGAGCACACCCGAGUGGUUCAGCAUCCACAUCUGAGGAUCCCCAAAAGAGGGAUAUUGUACACGAACCAUGGUUCAUGAUCCUCCUAAUCCUUAUGCUCGUGACAAUAAUUGUAGCAUCGGGAACAGCAAUGAUUUUCUUCCGCAAAAAGCAUCGACUUAGCAAAGGGAUGAAUCACUUAAAUGUCCCUAGCGUCAAUGCGAGCGAUAUUGCAGCUCUGGCUCUCAAUGGAAAGGAAAGCAUUUGGAUUGAUAGAGGAUGGCGUGCUGGUGAUACGGAUAAAGAUUCUGGACUUAGUGAAGCAAAACUCCUUGUUAAUAAUUCCAACACACCUGGAUCUUAUGGGGAAAUUGGCACGGACUAUGCUGAAGUAGACACGAGGAAUCUUAGCACCUUCUACAGUUGCCAAAAGCAAUCUCCUGAGAACCCGACACCCUAUGCAACAACAAUGUUGAUUAGCAAUGGUAAUCCAAGUGGGAGCAGUAGAUCAUCCAGCGAUACAUGCACAAAACGUUCCAAUUGCAGCCGAGAACCCUACUCAUCGGGAGCAUCGAGUCCCACAUCGAAUGCCUUGCAGGGUGGUAAACCUCAGCCGUCAAUCCCGUACACACAAUUUCCGCAAAUAGUUCCCAAUAAUUGGACAGAUUUCCUACCACCCCCACCGGAACAUCCACCCCCAAUACCAGGAAGUGCAAAUCCUGCACUCUUCUACACCGGAGAUAAUCAUCAAUUGGAUAGAAGUGCCCAGCAAGCUUCUAAAUCAUGCGGUGGACUUGCAAUGAAUACAUCGCAAGUUUCGGCAAAUAGUGGAUCAUCAUGCGGGAAUUCCGUUUCAAGUUACACCCCAUGGGAUGUCCAUCAGCAACUGAACAACACUGAAAACAUUUACAAUAGUUUACUACCCUAUCCGGUGGGUGGACAAUAUCAGAAAUGCUGCCAAAAUGUAGGUCAUUUUACAUGUUGUGUCUCAAAUAUGCCAAAUAAUCACCAUGUUCCUAAACAUCAUAAGCAAUGCCAUGCAAAUCAACAUUCCGACUAUCAACGCCACAAUCAGCAACAAAUUAACUACUGCAACAAUUCUCAUAGUUGUGAUGCUUUGGCAUCGCACCAGCAGCUCCACAAUCCAGACUAUCAGCACAACAUAAUUUAUACGUGUUCAUCGGAAUGUUCUGAGCAUUCACUGAGGCAACCUGUUCGAUGUACGAGGCACUACCAGAGGAAAAAGAAGCCACCAGAGCGUGGUGAAAGAGGCAGAGAGAAUCCACCAAUUAUUUCAACAUCCCAUGACUAUGAAUACAACCGAAAUGAUGACAAUUCUUCGACAAAUGAUAAACUUAUUGAUCAAAAUAAUAGUGACUGUUAUGCAUCACGUGAAGACACCGAUACGUGUUGCUCAUGCAGUGAAGAAAGUUCAUGCGUUUAUGCUGAAACAAAUGAUCCAUCGCAGUAAAUAAUCCCCCUAAUAUACUAACCUGAGAGAAGGCCUAAGUUGCUGGUCUAGUAAAAACAAAACUAACGCAGAAAUUCUAGUCAAGAAGCCGCAAAAAAUUUGGCACUAACAACUUACUAAUUAAAGAAUCUUUUAAGAGGAAAAAAAAGAUUUUAAUAUGGUACAUGGCUUAAAAAAAAUAGUCUGAAGAAAACAUUUUGGCGAAAAUUCAAGAACAAAAAAGAAAACCUUUUCUACACACAAAUAGCAUAUUUAUUAAUCCACUCAAGACUUAACAUAUUUCUUUAUGCAAUCAUACAUAAAAAAAAAUUACUAAAGAAACUCUGUACAUAAAACCUCCGUAUUAACGUGUACUAAACAUAAAUAAAAUAGGACCCAAGAUCCAUUGUUUGCUAGUCCAUUUUAGCGACGUAUUUGUCUAUUGUAGAAUUUGUACUUUUCCACCCACGAAUGAGGAUAAAUUUAUAACAUUAGCUCGUGUUAUAUUAGAAGAUAAAUCACCUCCCCAUCUUUUGCAGAAGUAAAAGAAAAUGCAAUAAAACUACUCAAGACUGAAUGAAAGAUGUACAUAAUAAUGUUUCUCUUUCUGUUAUUUACUGCAAAAUAUCAUUUUUCUUUCCUUUUUUGUUUGAUAAAAAUUUUGGACCGUUAAUCGAGACAAAUUAAUCAAAUUUUGAAAAGAAAUUCUUAAAGGGAGAAGUUUUUUGUUUUAAGAAUUUAUGAAAAAGAAAUCAACUUCCACAUAGUCUGUUGACUUCCUUAUUCUCUUUACAAGUUAUCUAUCUUCCUUAAUAUAUAAGCAUAAAAUUUAUUAUAAUUCUAUGUUGAAAACUCUUGGCACAAUAUGCAAAAAACAUAUCUAAAAAAAAAACUUUUAUGUAUACAUCCUGAUUUAGAAUAUCAAAUUUCAUAUCAAAUAUGAUAUAAAUAUUUUUUAGUCUCUAUCUGUUUUGCAAUAUUUUCAUGAAUAAUGAAUCCUUGAAAGAAUUCAAGAAAAUAAAUAAUUAACAAAAAAUCAAAUUGUGUGCUUAACAAUAAAUUAUUAUUUUCAUUUAAUAUUAAUUUAAGGCAUUGCAAUAAAUCAUUUAAAAAAAAGGUGAACGUGUUGGUAGAAAUAUUCCUUUAUUUAUUGAAUUUAAUUAUUAUUAAAUUUAAAAAAAAAAUGAUAAAAAACGUAAAACGUGGUUAAAGUUAAUCAAAAAACAAGUUUUUUUUUAAAGUAGUUUCGAAAGCAAUUUGUAAGAACGAAAAACAAAAAAAAACGAGCCUGUAGUUGCGAAAAAAAUUAAUUUCAUUUUCUAACCUAAAUUAGCAUUUAAUCCUUGUUGGAUAUAUACAUAACAUACAUAUACAUUUUAAGUGUAUUUAGAAAUUGUUCUACGAAGCGUAACAUAAAAUGUAGGAAAUUUUAAAAAUUUGCAAAACUGUGAUAAAAUGUGAUGUGAUAUGCAUAAUAAUGUAAUUUGCAAAAAAAAAGCUGAUUUAAAAAAAAUCAACAUGAAAACCUAAUCUAUGCGUACUCCCAUACAAUACACAACAUAUUAAAAAAAACAAACUCAUAACGUGGUUAGAACCGAGUUAGAACUUUUUUGUAUGGUGCAUUUUAAACAACAAAAAAUAUCAAAUUUCUAUGAACGGCAAUACAUAAAUUUUGUAAUGGUCUAUCUUUUAGUAAAAAUAAUAAAAAACAAAAACUUUUAGAACUUUCGCAACCCAUUUACGUACACCGGUAGAUGCAUGUAACGAAUAAAUCCAUGUAAAUAGAGAUAUUUCAAAGUAAAAAAAAAACAACUGAAAAUUUUGGAAAACCCUUUUAUUGAGAAAAAUGUAAAAAUAGUGUAUACUUAUAAAGUAAUGUGAAAUAAAAUCAAAUAAAUCCUUA